UGUCGAUGCAGAGAAUACAUAUUACUACAUUUGUAAUAAAAUAUUAAUAUUCAGACAAUAAAUAUCUGUAUAUAAUGUAUAGAAUAAUGCGGUACAUGACGCCGACGGCAUACCAAAAUGUCCAAACCCUGUAGUUCAUUUCUGGAGACUUUUCUUCGGUGCAGACUCUGACUCAGACCAACACCUGUUCCUCUCUCUCUCUCUCUCUCUCUCUAUCUACCAUUCAGACUCUUAUGAUUGAGAGAGAAUGUCGGGAGGGGGCACACAAAAUAGCUUGAGAAAAGCACUUGGAUCCAUUAAGGAUACCACCACUGUCAGUUUGGCUAAAAUAAAUAGUGACUACAAGGAAUUGGACAUUGCUAUUGUUAAGGCGACAAAUCAUGUUGAGCGUCUGGCAAAAGAGAAGUACAUAAGAGCUAUUUUUGCAGCUGUGUCUGCUACAAGACCUCGAGCUGAUGUUGCUUACUGCAUACAUGCUCUUGCAAGACGAUUGGCAAAGACACAUAAUUGGGCAGUUGCCUUGAAAACUUUGAUUGUUAUUCAUCGUGCUUUGAGGGAAGUGGACCCAACAUUCCAAGAAGAACUUAUCAACUAUGGCAGGAGCAGAAGCCAUAUCCUCAACUUGGCUCACUUCAAGGAUGAUUCCAGUCCAAAUGCAUGGGAUUACUCUGCAUGGGUGCGCACUUAUGCGUUAUUUUUGGAGGAGAGGCUGGAAUGUUUUCGUGUGCUGAAAUAUGAUGUUGAGGCAGAUCGCCCUAGAACCAAAGAUCUGGACACUCCUGAGUUGCUUGAGCAGCUACCUUCUUUGCAAGACCUCCUAUUUCGCGUGCUUGGCUGCCUGCCACAAGGAGCAGCAGUUCAUAAUUUUGUGAUUCAAUUAGCACUUUCAAUGGUUGCUUUGGAAAGCAUUAAAAUUUACAAUGCUAUAAGUGAUGGUGCAGUUAAUUUAGUUGACAAGUUCUUUGAGAUGCAACGCAAUGAUGCUAUUAAGGCUCUGGAUAUAUACCGAAGGGCUGGACAGCAGGCUGAGAGACUAUCAGAGUUCUAUGAAAUAUGUAAAGGCCUCGAUGUGGGACGCGGGGAAAGGUUUAUCAAGAUUGAGCAGCCCCCUGCAUCAUUUCUACAAGCAAUGGAAGAGUAUGUGAGAGAGGCGCCUCGAGCUUCCACGGUUCGCAAGGAUUUGGCAAUUGAUGAUAAACCCAAAGUAAUCUUGGCCAUAGAGAACAAGAAAAACCCAGAGGUACAGGAGGCACGCCCACCAUCCCCACCACCUAAACCAGAACCAGGUCCAGAACCAGUUAAAGUGGAAGCUCCUGUAGCUGCGACACCUGACCUGUUGGGCCUUAAUGAUCCUAGUCCACAGGCUUCAGAGUUGGAUGAAAAGAAUGCAAUGGCUCUGGCUAUUGUACCAGUUGGCACGACUGACCAACCAACCUCUACUGGUGCAAUUCUGGAAAAUGGAACUACGGGCUGGGAAUUGGCACUUGUUUCUGCUCCUAGCUCCAAUGAGAGCGCGGCAACUGCUAGCAGACUGGCUGGAGGGCUGGACAAACUCACACUAGACAGUCUAUAUGAUGACGCAAUCAGAAGAAGCAACCAGAGCGUGAGCUACAAUCCAUGGGAACAAGGUGCAAUGGUCGGUCCCAUGAUGCCACAAACAGCACACGACCCAUUUUACGCCUCAAGCACCAUCGUUGCACCACCUUCGGUGCAGAUGGCAGCCAUGGCCCACCAGCAGCAGGCUUUCAUGUUGCAGCAGCAGCAGCAGAUGAUGAUGAUGGGCCCACAACAACAGCCUGCAAAUCCAUUUGGCAAUCAGUAUGGAGCCAAUGUCCACCCCUAUGGCUCAGGUAUGCCUGCUCAAGCCUACAACCCAUAUGCGGGCCUUCUAUAAACACUGCACAAAAGAAUCUAUUCUUUUACUGGAGGCGCAAGGAAGAAAAUCAUCGUGUUGUAGUUCAUUUUGGUUUCUGAUAUCAGGGAGGUAUUUAAGGGUAGACAGAUGUAUAUCAUAUGUUUGUAUAAGUGUAGGAGCUUGGAUGAAAUUAUUUGUUCAAUAAUUGGCGAGGAGGGCUUUCGAUUGCUGAUUAUUUACAUCGUUGAAGGUGAUAAUAAUGUUUUUGGUACUGUUGAUUUUUUUUUUAAACCUGCUUAGUUGUUCCUAAUGUCAAGCAGGAGUCUCAUUUCUUGUCAACUUUUUUUUAUGUCAAUUUUUUUUUGGUGUGAAUUAAGACGUGGUUCAAGUAAUGGAAACAGUAUGUAAUCUUUGUGACUAUUCACAGGUUAUGUAUCAAGAAACAAACCGAUUCUUUACGCUGAUUUUCAGAUCUG